UUUCGUCUCAGAAGGAAAAAGUCGAAAUGGCGUUAUAAUGUCGUGGUGGGGAAUUAGGAAGCACAAAAACGGACUUUAUUGAAGGUUUUCGAAAUGGCAAAUGUGAAGCAGAAACUUUUAUUCAGGAAUAAAAACGCUGGAAAUGUGGACAGUUCUGAGGGGAAAUUUGAACAGAGUGGACGGUUAGGACGAGACGAGACGCAGUUAAAUGGAGUAAAAAAGCAGCACCAGCCCCGAAGGAAAUCUCUAAAUGACUCACUGGAAGGAGAGCUCAAGGAUUUUUUAGUAAACGAGGCCGAGCUCCACACCUAUGAUGACCUCACCAAAGUCAAUCCUGUAACCCCAACCACAGUGUUGAAAUGCCUGCAGGCACGUUACAGUGCACAAGUGUUUUAUACCCAUGCCGGCUGUACACUGGUGGCGCUCAACCCCUUCCAGCCGAUACCUCACCUGUACUCGCUGGACGUCAUGCAGGAGUACCACUCAGCACCCCAGCCUCAGGAAUUUAAGCCACACAUCUUCAUCGUAGCUGAGGAGGCAUACAGGAACGUGCAGGGUCAGGUAGAGCCGGUCAACCAGUCACUGGUGGUCUCAGGAGAGAGUGGAGCUGGAAAGACGUGGACUUCACGCUGCCUGAUGAAGUACUACGCCACCGUAGCUGCCACAACUCAGAAAUGCCAGGACACAGUGGAGAGGAUAGAGAGACGAGUGCUGGACUCCAACCCUGUCAUGGAGGCAUUUGGCAACGCUUGCACUUUACGGAACAGCAACAGCAGCCGCUUCGGAAAGUACAUCCAGCUCCAGCUGAACAGUUCUCAGUUUCUGGUAGGGGCCUCAGUGCAGACGUAUUUGCUGGAGAAGACCAGGGUGACCUUUCAGACUCCUAAUGAGAGGAACUUCCAUAUAUUCUCUCAGAUGAUGAAGGGGGCCACAGAAAAACAGAGGAAGGAGUGGAACAUGCCACGUGACCAAAAGUUCUCCUGGCUGCCCAAUGCAGAAAAAACAUUAGAUGAGGAUUGUUUCCAAGAGACGGUGGAUGCCAUGGUCAGCCUUGGCAUCAGUGCAGACAAGCAGGCGCAAAUCUUUAGUAUCCUUGCAGGUCUGCUACAACUGGGAAAUGUGAACUUUAGUCCUGCCCCUGAAUCUGAGCCUUGUGAACUAGAUAAGCACUCCCAAGGUUUCCUACAGAAGACAGCAGAUUUGCUGCGGGUUUCAGCAGACGAGCUGCAGGCGUGUUUGAGAGUGCGGACAUUACGGGCAGGCAAGCAGAGUGCCCUGCUCAAGCCGUGUUCUCAGAGCGAGUGUAUUGUCCGCAGGGACUGCCUCGGUAAAGUCAUCUAUGCCAGGUUGUUUGAUUGGUUGGUGGCCUUCAUCAACAGCAGCAUGUGUGCAGAAAACUCCAAGUGGUGCAACUUCAUUGGCCUUUUGGAUGUAUACGGCUUUGAGUGUUUCCUGGUGAACAACCUGGAGCAGCUGUGCAUCAACUAUGCCAAUGAGAAGUUGCAGCAGCACUUUGUGACUCACUUUAUGAAAGCCCAGCAGGAGGAGUAUGUGGCGGAGGGUCUGCAGUGGUCCUUCAUUCGCUACCAGGAUAACCAAGGCUGCCUGGAGCUGAUCGAGGGAAACCCCAUCAGCAUCUUUUCCCUGCUGAAUGAGGAGUGUCGUCUGAACAGAGCGUCUGACGCAAAGCAGUUCCGGGAGCGUCUACAGAAGGAGCUUUCAGAUAAUAGCAGUGUGAGCUGGGACAAGUUUAGCAAGGAACCACACUUCAUCAUAGCUCACUACGCUGGCAAAGUCAGCUAUCAGAUCGAGGGCAUGAUGGAGAAGAAUAAGGAUCCAGUGCCACCUGAACUCCUCAGCUUGCUGGAGAAGUCUGAGGAUCCGCUCUUACAGAGUCUCUUUGCAGACCCAGACACUGAAGGAAGCAACCCUCGAGGCCACAGCAAAGUAGUCACUGUUGUCUCCAAAUUCAGGAACUCUUUGGAGAAUUUGAUGAAGAUUCUGCACAGCACCACUCCACAUUACACACGCUGUAUCAAACCCAACCCCGAAUGCAGACCGCUUACCUUCAAGAAAGAAGAGGUGAUCACACAGCUGGAGGCUUGUGGAAUAGUGGAGACAAUCCACAUCAGUGCAGCAGGUUUUCCCAUCAGGGUUCCUUAUGCCAGCUUCCUCCAACGAUAUAGGCUUAUCACCAACACCAGGCUGCCAGCUCAAGCGAAUAACGAGAAUGGACCUGAUAAUGAAGAUCAGAUGGAUCUUGGCACUGCUGUACAAGGCAUACUGAAUGCAGUUCUAAGCACUGGUGACUCUCGCAACACCACUAACAACAACACGAUGAUGCAUUGUGGGAAAACCAAAGUGUUCCUGACACAUUCCAUGCUGGAGCUAUUGGAGGAGCAGAGGGGCAGAAUAUGCUCUCAGAAAGCCUUCUCUAUCCAGUGCUGCUGGCACAGGUACCAGCGGAGACGACGAGCCCGAAGAAGGACGUGUGCCACACGAAUACAAGCAGUGGUGCGGGCCUGGCUGGUCAGGAGAGAGGUGAGAAGAUGGCAUAAGGCUGCUUCAGUCAUCCAAAAUAAAUGGAGAUCUUGGAGGACAAUGAUGGACGCCUUGGCCGAGGCGGAGUUAGACGAUGCUGAGGACCUGCAGGAGCAAGAGGAGGCACACUCCCUAUUGAUGGAUGAUGGAUCCGUGCAGCCUGCCGGUGUCUCUGAGCCUGUGGCGAAAAACACAUGGCCUCUGGGUCUGGUCAUGACCUCUGUACCCAGCAUCACCGUGACCCUCACCACCACCGGCUUUCAAAAAGUCAUGUCGAUCAUGGCCACCAUUAAGAUCCCCUUCAGGAGUGGAGAAUACAAGGUGGAAACCAACCAGUUCGACCAUGGCGUAGCUUCCAUCCGGGCGCAACCACAGGGUUCUGUUAGGCUCCACAUGCGCAGAUCUCCUCUGCGCUACGCCGACAUGUACCCGGGAUCCAGUACUGAUGAAGUGACUGGAUUCAACCAGAUUCUGCUGGAGAAAACCUGAGAGUAUAUUUCUUACUACACAGAAUACAGUACACUCAAUGCUACCAAAGUAGACUUCACUACAUUGAUGCACCUUUAAAGAAUGACUGAUAGGUAAACAAGGGGAAUAAUUCAGGGGAUUUUAUAUUGUGUACAUGCUGUCUGAGAAUAUGGAUGUGCCUUAUGUUAAGUGUUCGAUAUUUAUAUUUAGUAACUAUUUAGAGCUUUAGGUGUAUAAUUAUUACAACAAAUUUUAUUAACACUGAUUUUUACUUGAUUAUGGAUUUACCUGAUAAUGGACCAGCAGAGCAGGUACAUUAGUAUUUACAAUAGUUUGCUUUACCAACUCAUUACCGAUAUUUUAGCCAAAACAAAUGCACAUACUAUAGUUUUAUGGCUUAUUGCAUAAUUUGACAAAUAUACUGUAAAAGUACCUAAAUGGCUUUUAAACGGUGAACAAGCUGUAUAGUCUUAAUAAUGUGCUACCUUGUCGAACAUGCUGCUUUUUAUUGAAAUCAGGUCUAUAUGAUGUAAAUGUAUUUAUAUCAACACAUACUGUUUGACUUAUCUUAUGCUGUUGGAAAGUCCUGGCCACUUUACCCACUGUCAGUUUUGGACCUUGCUCUGGCCAUAGCACACUGCGACUGAUGGUAAUAAAGUGUGUAAUCAUCA